AAAUUACAGCUGUACGAAGACUUGACAAAAUUAAUGGAAAAAUUAGAUGCAAACACCUCUGUGUCCGUAAUAGCAAAAACCGCCGAGUUCCACAAUAUAGUGCUAUGCAAAAUAAGUGCCAAACAGCAUAGCAGGUUCUUCAGAACUUUGGAUGACAAAUAUGUGGACGAAAAACCAGAAAAAAAGAUAAUACUUAUCGUUCACGGCCUAUCCCCUAUGGGCUUCAAUACCGUUCCAUGCCUAUGUAUUCAAAACAGCUUAAUGAAGUUAGUAAAAAUAUACGCAAAUCAUUUGGACAAAUUUGAUAUAUUUUUAAUACCAAUGGGAAAUCCUGAUGGUAUUGCGGACCAGACCCUUGUGUUAUGGAACAAGAACAAAUCGCCUCAACAAGCAUGCUCAGGCGUGAACGUGGACCGCAACUUCGACGUACAUUGGAACAAGAGCCACGGCAUCAGCAGCUGUACACAGGCUUUCCCGGGACCAGCCCCCUUCUCGGAGUUCGAGAGCCGUGCCGUGGCGGAUCUUAUCCACCAUUACAACCACAAGAUUGUAGCGUACAUCCACGUUCAUGCUGGGACUUAUAGUGCUGCAACAUACAAGGGAGACGCAGUACUUUAUCCCAAAGGAUACUCGGACCAAGCGAUCGAUGAAAAGUACACCGACUUAGAGGCGGGCAUUGAAGAAGCUAUGAGGAACGCCGGUUUCAAAGUGUAUGGUGUCACUCUGACCAGCUUAUACCGAUGGUACGGACGCGUCACUGGAACAAGUGUGGAUUACAGUACCACGAUAUAUGGCAUUCCAUAUGCCAUGGAGUUCGUCAUGCAACCGUAUGAAGAAUACCGAUCACCACAGACCACUUCCGAAGAAAUGCAGGACAACGUCCUUACCGAAGUCUGGCAAAGAAUCAUUGAUGUAAUCUUCAGCACCAUUCACAAAAGUACAACACCGUCAUCUUCCGCAGAAUAAUAUAAGAAGAGAGUA